UCCUGAGCUAGUGAUAUUUGUCAUGCUAUUAUCUUGUCAAAUGGUUACUUUGGGUCUAAUAAGUAUGUGUAGAUAGUGUGCACUUAAAACAGUCACGUAACGCUGUAUAAUCAGUGUUGCUAAAGACUGUUUUGCAGCAGCAUGUUUAGCUCGAUGCUAACUGCUAACAUGACGAAUGUUGUAGCAGUGGGUUUUUAAAAAAGAUCCCCGGGCUUUUUUUCACGUUGUAUCACUCGUUUGUUUAGAGAGUCCCCAUGGAUGACCUGACCCAAGCCCUCUCGGCCAGCUUUGCUGUGUCCAAGGAGCCCAACAGCACCGCCACCGCUCACCCUCGGCUGGCCCAGUACAAGAGCAAGUUCAGCGUUCUGGAGCAGAGCGAGAGGCGGCGGCGCUUCCUUGAGCUGCAGAAAAGUAAAAGGUUAAACUACGUCAACCAUGCUCGGCGCCUGGCUGAUGGGGAUUGGACCGGGGCAGACAGCGAUGAAGGGGAGGACAUGGAGAAGAAAGAGGAGGGGGAACGGGAGCAGGAGGAAGAGGAGGAGGGGAUGGACAUUGAGAAGAGGAAGCUGCCAAAACAUUAUGCAAACCAGAUAAUGCUGUCGGAGUGGCUGGUGGAUGUGCCAUCAGAGCUGGACACUGAUUGGCUGAUGGUCGUCUGUCCUGUGGGGAAAAGAUCCCUCAUUGUUGCCUCCAAGGGCUCCACUGCAGCGUACACUAAAAGCGGAUACUGUGUGAACCGUUUCCCCUCCCUGCUGCCCGGGGGGAACCGCCACAACUCGGCCAUGGGAAAAGACUACACGAUCCUGGACUGCAUCUACAGCGAGGUGGACAGAACGUUCUACAUCCUGGACGUCAUGUGCUGGCGAGGCCACCCGGUCUACGACUGCCCGACCGAGUUCCGUUUCUUCUGGCUCCAGUCCAAAGUCGAGGAGACGGACGGCCUUUCAGAAAUCGCCAAACGCAACCCUUUCCGGUUUGUGAGCCUUCAAAGUGCAGCCUGCACUGCAGAGCUGAUCCAGAAAGCCCUGGCUGCCGAGUACAGCUUCAGCGUGGAUGGUCUUCUCUUCUACCACCGGCAGACCCACUACACCCCCGGCAGCACCCCUCUGGUGGGCUGGCUGCGGCCCUACAUGGUCACUGACAUCCUGGGCAUCGAGGUGCCCGAGUGCCCCCUCACCACCAAGCCUGAGUACGCCAGCCAGCAGCUGCAGCAGAUCCUGGAGCACAAAAAACCAUCGACUGAAGUCCGCCCCGCCAACAGGAGCGGGGGCUACGAGUUAGAGUACCUGUCCACCCCUCUACGGGACAGUGAGGACCCUCUGAACUUUUUAAAUACGAAGCCAAUACAGGAAGCGCACAUGGAGGUCUGAGAGUUAAGCUAAACAAGCGGAUUGCUAACUCAGUGUUUCUGAGCGGCCUCCAUAUGUUCCUUUUAGAAGGUCUGCUGAAUGCUUUUUCCAGAUCUGACCAAUUGCAUUGCAUGGCUAAUUCUAAUCCGGCACUGCUCAGGACGCCUUCAGAGUGCAGAUCAGUUGAGCUAUGUUAUAUAUGUGUUUUUAAAUGGAUAAAACUCUGACAUUCACAUAUUGUACCUGCUGCAGAACUCUAGAACAGAUUAGUUUCUUUGAGAGUAAUUGGGCAGUAUUUACCCACCAUAACUACUAAGUGAUGGUUUGAUAUGCAACUCCCUUUCAUAACACCAUGGGUAGUUGCAUAUGCCAAAAAAUAUGUUUUGUCUGCGAGAUAUAAUGCAUGGUAAAUGUUAUGGCUUGAUUGCUUUGGUUUCGCAUUACAAACAUCAUUACCGCUGUAAGUUUGCACACUUUCUAAAACGACUACCCUCCAAACAAUACAGAACUGGUAAACAGAUCAUUACUUUGUGCAACACAGAAAUAGAGAGCUGCACUCAGAGUUUUCUUAGAUGAGGUUUUGCCGACAGUCAGACGGCAGCAGUGACAUGGGUUUUUACAAUGUUAAAAAAUAUGUUUUAAAGAGUACGUUUCUUAAUAAAAUGUUGUUUGUUUCUCAACCUACA